CUGCCCCGCCCCGCCCCCAGCGUGACGUCACGCAAGGCGGCCAUUUUCAAAUCGCCGCGCAGCCGGCGGUGGGGAUGGCCGUGCUGCGGCCCUUCGAUAAGCUGCCGGAGCUCAAUAGCGCCACCAUACUGCUGGUGGGCGCGGAGGGCGGCCCGCAGCAGCAGCUCGCCGAGGCCAUGCUGUGCGAGAAGAAGGACUUCAACAUCAGCAUCCACCUUGCAUCAUCCCUCCCCUUACCUCCAGAGAGGGAUCACCUUCGGCCCAGGAUAGAUCUGAUUGCAUUUGUUAUUGACAUCAAGAGCAAAUACAGCUUGAAGAAUGUUCAAGCUUCACUAGCUUAUGUGGAUGUCAGAUUCUUCCUGGGAAAAGUGUGCUUCCUUGUCACAGGGGUUGGCAGGGUGAACAACUGCAGCGUAGAGAUGAAUGCCAUCUGGAAACUGGGAGAAGACUACUGCAGUCCUGUGAUAUUCUGUGAGCUGGAGCUGGAAGGGAUACGAGUUGCCACUGCUCAGCGACUUCUCCGGAUGCUACAGAUCUGUGCUGGUCGUGUACCAGGAGUUUCUGCCAUGUACUUCAGCUUGCUGAUGAGGAACUCUGCUGGUGAUUAGCCUCUUGAUAGAAUCAAAUCUGAGAAUAAUGGAAGUUGCUGGCUUCCAGCAAGCCUCUGCAAACUGGGCAGUUUUGGUUCAGAGAGCUGCAGGACUGCAUUCUUCCCUCCAGCAUCUGUAGGACUGAGGCUCUGCACCCUGCAGCUGACCAGAGAUGAAAGCCAACAGGACUGUAGCAGCAUACUGAAAACACACGGUGACUCUUGCAAGUUGGGCAUAUGAUGUGUGCAAUUAUUUAACUAAUAGCUUCCUAUCAGCAGUAAUUCAUGCCUUAUUCUUACUGCCAGUCAGUAGUGUGUUUUGGAGUUUUAAAUUAAUAAAAUAUAUAAUAUUAA